CUGCCGCCCUGUCACCCUUCAUCCUCUGCGACAGGGAAAAGAAAAUUGCAAAGCAACGCUUCUCCCACGGAUCUUUGCAGAGACACGCCUGCCGCUGCACAUGUAUCACACUUGGGAGUCGUCGGUCAUAUACAAAAGGAACUGACUUCUCCUCCCUUGCUUUCCAUCUUCUUUUGCUCAAGACAAAUUUACUGUAUCAAAAGGGAGAGAAGAAAAAGAGAAGGAGACUGUAGAGAGCACGCACAAGGAAAAGACACGGUUCACUCUUAUCAUCCAUCAUUCGCUUCGUGAUCCGAUGACCAUAGUAAUCUCUCAUCAGGCUGUGCUCGGGAACAGCCCACGCUCCGUCGCCUCGUACGAGCGAGAUGAUUCAGUAUCGGAGCAGGACAUCAUCAGCCACUCCUCCCCCCCGGACAGAUUCUAAUCCUUUGUUGACUGGCAUAUCUCUGCCGUCACGUGAUCUCGCUGCAGAUGCGUGUAAUGGAGCCCAAGAUUAUAUAGCUUAUCUCUUCUUCUUUCUUUUUUUUCUGAUUUUUUUUUAUAUAUUUAUGUCCCUCAUAGUUCUAUAUAUCAUAUGCUCUUCUACGAAAUAUUUGUAGACCUUAGGACUAAAGGAUUGGAUGUUAACUUAUGCGGGGCACACAGCAAAAUGGACGGCUGACGUUGUUGUCGCAUUGAAACGUGCGGUCGGAUAUGUAACGGACUCUCGCUUUGGGUGGUUGAGGUCUCAUGAAGGCUCCAAUUUUUUCGGCCCCCUCCCUGCCCCAGCAAAUCGAACACAUGACACGACUACCGACCGCUGCAGAGGAGUCGCGAGCCCAAAGACAAGCAAGCAGGGCACACUGCCCUUUUCGCGUGAGCUUUUUAAGUUAGCCCCUCUCUUUCCUCCCUCCUUCCCUUCCUCCAAAAGCUAGCCUUCAGAAAGCGCGCCAUGGAGCUCUUCAGGCUGCUCGCUCAUGCUGGCGAACACGGUGACGGCGACCCCUCCCCGGCUACCAAGCCCGCCGACACCACCAUCGCCGCCUCGGUCCUCUGCUCGGACUCCGAUGACGGCGGCGGGGACAGCGAGGACGAGGGCCCCUUCUUCGACCUCGAGCUCACCCCUCCGUUGCAGGAAGACACGGACCACCAUCGAGAGAACCAGCAGUCGUCCGACGCGGAGACCGAGGACGAGGACGGAGCGGAAGAGUUCGACCUGGAGUUGUCCCCGGAUGGAGGAAGGUACGGCCGCGGCGGCGGCAGCCUCCGGCGCGACCCCGACCUCUCGUUGUCCCCCUCCGAUGGACUUUUCUUUAAGGGCCGCCUCGUCCCGCUCGAGCCCUCCUCGUUGACGGACUUCGCCGCCUCCGAGGUGGCUAAGUCGUCCAACUCCCAAGUCCCUGCUUUGCUCAAAUCCGCCGCCAGGGCCCGCGCCUUUAAGCUGAGCUUCCACGGGAGGUCGAAGUCGGCCUCGAUGGAGCCCAACCCCGUCUCCUCCCCCGCUGCGACGUCCUCGCCGCCGAAGCAAAAACAUAGAAACAAGUUCUUCGUCAGGUUCAGGGUCGAGGCGGCCCCGCCGGUUCCCCUCUUCGCCAGGGACAACAGCUCGAGGAGCUCCAGCAGCAGCAGAUCGGCCAUGCUUUUCGCCAACGAUGGAUGGCCGGCGUCGGACGACAAGAAGCUCCUCAAGGACGUGCUCCAAAGGUAUCUUAGCAAAAUUAAGCCUUUUUACAUCAAAAUCUCGAAACGGUACGGCGAGAAGCUCCGGUUCUCCGGGCCGUUGAGCUCAAGCAGAGCCAUGAAAGUGCGGCCCGCUAAGGAAAGCGGAGGAGACCAGCUGAAAGAGACGGUAUCUACGUGGAGCAGCUUUAGCGGGUCACUGAAGUCGCAAGAUGAGAAUAUCCCGGCGGGACUGAGGGUGGUCAGCCGGCGACUGAGGAAGAGCCGGUCGGCGUCUGCGGCCGUCGCCUCGGUUCGCUCGCCGCCGCUGGCGACCGGAAGGCGGGACGACUCGCUCUUGGAGCAGCAAGACGGAAUCCAAAGCGCCAUCGCUCACUGCAAGCGGUCAUUUAACAGAGGUACGUAUAAAGCUUCCGAAUCCGGCCAUGUUUUAAAGCGUUUAUAUACAAUCUUAGAGAAGACCGGGUUGACUCGGCGUGCAGGGUCGGAGUCGCCGCUGAUGCGAUCGAGGAGCGAUUCCGGCGACGGGAGAUCGUUGGAAUCAAGCAGCAGCAGCAGCAGCAGCAGCAGCAGUAGCAGCAGCGGCGGCGGCGGCGGCGACGUUUGAGCAUCGUCCGUUCGGGUUUUUAUUAGAACGGAGGUGGAAAUUAAUACGCAUAAAGGAGAACGAAAUGGUUUGGUAGAGCUAUUCCAGAUUUGGCUUACAUCUCUUUUGUGGGUGCAGUUGACUGUUCGUUCGGUGAAAAGAAAUCAAAGACGCGGAGGUGUGGACGGACGAUGAAGAUGAGGAAGAAGACAAAGGUUUUGGAGGACAAAGAUCUGAACGAGUCUUGCCAUGAGCAUGCAUGAAGGAAGCAGAAGACCCACCACCGUCUGUUUGUUCAAAGUGGCAUCUCCACCUUCCAUCGUAUCCCGUCCAAAGGAGAGAGAGAGAGAGAGAGAGAGAGGCAGCCUGUGGCAGACUAAAGCAGCGACAAAGAGGUGCGGAUGUGGGGGGGGGAAGGAGCAGGCGAUAGAGAGAGAGAGAGAGAGAGGGAGGGAGUAUUCAUCCUUUAAUUAAUUGCGUGGUCAGCGGAAGCAGCGAAUCCGAUGUUCGCCUUUUGGAGUGCUCGCGUGAUGCUGUGCUUCUUUUGUCAGGUAAGACAGCAUCAGAUUCUCCCUGCGUUGUAGUCCGGAUGGUGUGAUAGCUUGUCGUCACACCGCAAUUGUUUGACCUCGUCCGACUUCAUCGAGUUCCAUGCUUUCUUGGCCGACGCCAGCUGAGAGUGAACUCUGGCUUUGCGAUGGAUGGUUCACGGGCGGUGUGCCAAAAGAUUCGCGGUAGGGUUGCUGAUCUGGAUUCAGUACACCAAGUGUUUGAUGAAAUGGGAGAGAAGACUAUGGGUUGCAUGGAGGAUAGAUCGUCCUCCUCUCGCUCUGAAUAAAUUAGAUACCAUAUGGAGUGUUCCUUG